AUGUGUUCUGUGUGGUUUCUGUCCGUUUUGGCGCUUUACGGUGUCGCAGUUUCAGUUACAGCCUCGUCUGAGGAAGACCUUUAUAUCAAAUGCCCAUCCAAUCAAUGGUAUUCCUAUGGCAAUUCGUGUUAUUACAAGUUGGGCGGUGGUGUCUAUAGAAGUUAUUUUACCUCAGUUGAUGCAUGUAAAGACUUGGACGAAAGAGCACACCUAGCUGAUUUUAAUGAAAUCGAUGAUUACUACAAAGCAUAUCACCUGACGUCACACGAUUCACAACAACAACAUGACUCCCCGGGUACAUGGAUUGGACUGACUAAGAAUCAACAAAUAUGGAGUUGGAGUGAUGGGUCACCGCUAGCAUAUGAUGAUUUGUGGAUGAAAGGCGAGCCUGAUGAGGAAGGUGGAUGUGGAUUUGUUCCUGCACAAAAAGUAGGAUUCGCUACCGCCUACUGUGAUCAGAAACUUGCAGCACUUUGUGAAAUAAGCAUGGAUCGUGACGACAUGUAUGACGUCAAUCACGACGAAAUCAAAAUAUUGAAAAACGUGUUCUUAGUUUCCUGUGUCCUGGCGCUUGUAUUUGCUGCAUUUGUAGCAGUGUCUGCGGUCUUUAUUGGUAAAUAUUGUCGUGAUAAAGGUGCGAGCGGGAAAGGAUACAAGAAACACAUACAAGAAGAAUCAUGGAUGUGAAGGCACCGUUGAUGGCGAUGUCUAAGUUUGUUAUUCCCAAGCACGUUAAAUCAAUUGAUUCAACCACUGAACGAAUUAAACUUUUGUAGUCAUA